AUGUUCGUAACGGCAAACUCAACUACGCCCAGUAAGCCCUUCUCAGCGGGCCAGUAUUGGAUCUGUUUUGAGAUGAUUGCUGAAGACGGCAGUCUAGUUAUCGCUAGAGUUCGCUUGCCGCGACACCCCGAUGCCCCGCCUACGAUUAGUGAGGAAGACGAACAGUACUCCAUCGCAUGCGAGGUCGCUACUAUGGCCUUUGUGAGGCAGAACGUACCCACCAUUACUCUCCCCCAGAUAUACGCCUAUGAAGGCCCCGGGUCCCAGCUUGCUGCCGAUGCCGGUGCCAUUUACAUGCUUUUGGAAGGCUUCUAUGGAAAUACCCUACAGGAUAUUGCAAUCCAGGAGCACAUCAUAUCCCAAUGGACGCGGGUACAGGUAGAACUAGCAACUCUAGCAUAUCCGCGGAUUGGUUCCAUCUCUUCCGUAUCGACAACAGGAGAGCCUGUUAUUGGCAGGUUGGCCAGCGCCUCAGCAGAAGGGUUGAGGUGCCACGGCCCUUUCUCUCGUACGGCUGAGUACUUCACUACCGUUGCAGAUGCUCCAAUUAGCAAACUGGAUCUGACGGAUACGGAUUCGAAUGGUGUUUUGUCCUUCACCGUACUUGGCGCCUUUGUCUUUCGCGACAUCGUGCAAAACACUACCCUAUUCGAGGACAGUGACGCUGAGGGGCGGUUCCCUCUGAACCACAUGGACCUUGGUACGCAGAACAUCCUUGUUGACGACAGAUUCAACUUCCGGGCAAUCAUCGACUGGGAGUUUGCCCAAACUGCGCCCUGGCAGGUCAAUCACUACCCAAUGCCAUUUCUGCUACUGGAGUCGGACACGGAGAUCCAAGGCAUCCUUCAGAAUCCCAAUCACCCUGCGCAUGGGAACGUGUCGCGGCAAGAGUUUGCUCGAAGGUUAUACACCAAGAAGUUUCGAGACGCCGAGGUAGAACAGGGGAAGACAGGGCGAUCCCUCGGAAGCUCAUUCGCCGAGGUGUUAAACAGCCCUGCAUCGAGGAUAUAUGCUUGCUUCACAAAACUUGGCCGCUUGCCAAUGGCAGAUGCAGGCCUCGUCCACGAGAUGGUGCGGCUCGCCUUUGAUUUGGAUGCUGAAGGGACAGAAUGGUAUCUCUAUGUUAUAGGGGAUCGGCUGAAACGAGCAGACAAUAAAGCAAGGUAGUUACACAAAUACUAGGUUGCCUGGCUCUUGCUUAGGUAGUCGGAUCCUUUUGGGCUUCCUGAAGGAUCUGCCGCAUCCGAAUAUAUAGCCCUCCGUCCUCUCUCUCCCACCACCCACCAUUUGGAAAUACAGCUUUCCGUAACCGGUUGACCCAAGGUAUCAAUGGUUGAUAAUAAGGAGUAAAAUUCUCCUUAGCGGUCCUGAUGAAGUCCCCCUCAUGAGAUACUUGCCCUUUCUUCUGCUCCG